UGUGGAACCGCGAGUGUUCCCUCACAGCACCCAGGGCUUUCACCGCCUGAGUUACCAGGCGCGGCUUCUACGCGUCUCCUGAGACUCUCUUACUCCAGAUUAUUCCUCUUGAUCUGGAAAACGCACAGAAUUACUCAGGGUCGGCGUGACAGAUCACUAUGCGAGGCUGAACGGGCCGAACUCCCACUCUCCCACUUCCAGGUGGGAUGGACGGCGCCUCGCCUUCCCCGGCCCGGAACGUUUGGAGGCCGGAACCUUCGGGCCGCCUGGCGGGGAAAAGGCGUGGGGAAGGAAAAGGAGUACGCGCGGCGCUGCCAUUGCGCAGGUUCCAUUCCCGGCGCUGCCAUUCCCGGCCUGUCUCUUCCUGGCCAUGUACCGGCCAGGGUUCCGCGCGCCCACGCCUCCCUACGCGGGCGGCGGCUUCCGGAGCCCCCCCUCCGGCGGAGGGCCCCUGCCGCCCUCCCCGCGGGGCUACGGGAGCCCCCACCACACGCCGCCCUACGGGGCCCGGCCCGGCCCGUACGGCGGCGGCCUCUCGCCCCGCGGGCCCGGGUUCCAGGGGCGCUUCGGGAGCCCCUCGCCGGGGGCGCAGACACCGCGCAGGCAGCAGAGCGUCAGCCCCCGGUACCCGGCUCCCUACGGCGGCGCGUCCGCGGCCGGGGCGCCCCUGCACCUGCCGUCGCAGCACAAGCGCUCGCCCGGGGGCUUCCAGAGGCACUUCCAGGGAUCACCCAGGACAUCUACUCCAUUUGGUACAGCGCAUGGCAGAGAGAAAAGAGUGUCUAAUGAUGUGGAAAACUAUUACAGACCUUCAAUGCUUGAGGACCCAUGGGCUGGCCUAGAGCCAGUUUCUGUUACAGACAUAAACCAGCAAUACAGCAGUGAGCAAACAACAUGUACUGGUAAAAAAGGGAGGUAUUUCAGCUAACACUUUUAAAGGCCAAAUAACUCCAUCUUGUCAGGAAAACUUUGGGACAAAAUCUUAGCACUUACACAAGAUGAACAGUAAUCAAGACCUUAGAUAAUGCUUUUAUUUGAACAUAUGUCCACCCUUUUAUCCUACUUUUUUUUUAUUGCAUUGGAUAUUUUUAUGUAUGGGACAGAAAAGGAGUGGUAGGAAACCUUACAUUUCUGGCUAUGUGGAAGUGCCUACCAGCUUUGAAGAACAAAGUGUUCUUUAAUCACCAGCGACUGAUAUGUGACUGUUAAAACAGGUUUCCUUAUACUUACCUCUUCCAUGCCAGAUUGUUAGCCUUUUAUUGUAAAGUACUUUAGGAAGUGGUAUUUUUUUAUGUUUCAACAUUUUUAGAAUGAAGUAACUUGGAAAUAAAAUAAAGUUUUGUAAAUUCUUGUUUUGUAAUGUGUAAAGAUUAUUUUAGGACUCUUGUUAAGGUGUACACAUUAACACAAAUAGUACUAUUGAAAUUAGGUGACUUUUGUAAAUGUGCUUGUAUGCUGUAGUUAACCUGCGGUUUUGUGCAUAGUGAUUUUUGUUAAUUGCAGUGUAACGUGAAGUUGAAACGUGACUUUUAGCCAUCUCAGGAAACAAAUGUAUUGCUUUUGGAAAGUUUAAUUUGUUGAACCAACUCUUGAGUCACAAACUUAAUUCUGUAAUCAUUUGCUUUUGUGUUUAAAAAAAUAUAGUUGAAUCAAUAUUAGACAUUUUUGGAUUAUAGUAACAAGUCUGUGCAGUGGCAGUUUAAGUCUAAGGAGUACAUAAAACAUCAAGAUAAAAUAACUGGAAAUGUUCUCUGUGGGUUCACCUGUUAGAAUAGAGGUUUUGUUAUACUGUUGACAUUAGUACAUGCAUGGCUUUUUUUUUUUAAUGUACAAUAUUUUCCAAUUAUUUUUUAUUUUUACUUAUGGCAGGAAUCAUUGCCAGGAGAACUGUUUUGUGUGUGCACAUGCUAUAUUUUUAUACUGAAGUGGAAAACAAGGAGUUGGUUUUUUAGACCUUGUCUUUACAUGGAAGAUCCAUGCAUCUAAAGUACAUCACCUGUGUUUUCCCCCAGCUGACCCUGUUGUUUUAGUAUUAUAUCCAAAAUGGCUGCUCAGAGAACUGAGAACAUAAUGCCUUCUGGAUAUCAAGAAUGGUUAAACCUUUAUCCCAGAAUCAAAAGAACUGUGCCUUAAAUGGCAGCUGUCAGUAUCAUUAUCUGUAAUAGGUACCAGCAAAACUGAGAUGACAAGUUGCAGAUAGUCUUUAGAAUUUAUAUAUCAGUUAAUUGAUGUCAAUUGUGAAAAGUGAAGUAUAAAGUUUUCUUUCUUUUUUUUUUUUUAAACCUUGUCAGGUGCUGUAAAGCUCACAAAAAAAAAAAAAGUUGCAGUCUGCUUAACCAAGUCACCUUUUUUUUUAUUGCUAUUUCCCAUGUGAUUGAAUGCAAUUUAUUUUUUGCAAUGUUUGGUGAUCUUGGAGAAACAAAUAUGAUUUUAUUCAAGACACUAAAGCUCUGAUGUGUUCACAGAUAUGAGAACAGUCUGGGUUUGGAAAGGAGAAAGGAAAGGUAAAGGAUUCCUGACAGGAGGGAGUCUGUUAAGAGGUGGGACUGCUUACACAGUGGGCAGUAUCAGCUGCCUUUGCACAUUGCAAAGGUACAUUUUGCCACUUUGGCUUUGCAGUUGGCCCAGGGAUCAAAGCCAGCCUCCUCUGGUAAUAAUUCUUAACUCCUGGAACCAGGUGUCAGACAUCAGUGAAGAUAAAUGUUCCAGAAAGACUUGAGGAAAUAUUCUUGAAGCACUGUUUAAUCAAUGCAGACCUUCUACAAUGGCAUCUGUUAAGCUGCUGCUCCAGUACACUUCAGGAUAUGAUCCAACAAUUAUAUCACACUGCUAAAGACUCCAAUCACUUGGUCAAGAAUCCACACCAAAAACUUAAAAAUUAUUCACCUUUCUGGCUUCUAGGAGAAAUUCUACAAUUACAGUAAAAUUUUUAAAUGUCAUUGUUGAAUAGCUGUAAAAUGCAUGAACACAAUUUCAGAACUAUAAAUAUAAUGUACUUAAAGCCAAUUUAAGCUUUGCCUUUUGUGCUGCGAUACCCAGAAAGCUUAAGCACUUACUUCCUCACCAGGUUUUUUUCCUUUUUACCAUAUGGCAAACAUUCUUUUUCCCCACAUGUUUCUAACAAAGAGAAAAUAUAUCACUUCCUCAUUUAUUAAUGAAGCUACUUCAUAGUAACACUAUGACUCUGGAAAUAGUAUUUGAUGAUAAAAAGUAAAGCACAAAUGCAUCCUUUCUUCAUGAGCCCAUGAAACAAAAUAGUGCCUAUGUCUUGUUAAUGAAGGGAUUCUUCUGUAAUGAACGUACUAAGAAUAUGGGCAUUGCUCUUUCUUCAACAGACUUAGAUUUUAAGGUAAGUAAUUUAGCUCCUUUUUCAGAAGUUUGGAUGGGUAUACUUUUCCAUUCUGUUCUGCUUGCAUUGUGUUUCUCCAUCAAGUCCAUUUGACUUUCUAUUCAGUUGUUGUAAAGGACUUGUAUAACUCUUGACUAACUCCUCCAGCAAAAAUUAAUUCAUUUGUUGCUCUUUGCUCCUGUAUUUAACAUUGAACUGCAUUGCUACUACUCUGUGCUGAUAUCACAGUAACAUAACUUAAAUCAGAUGAAUACAUGUGUAAUGGAGCAACACACUGGGUGGGUAGUUACCCCAAGUUGUACUAGAAUAGUUCCAAGUUCAGGUUUGAGGUUCCAUUGCAGCUUUAUAAUAUGGAAUAUUCAUUCUUCUCUGGCACUUAGUACACACUAUUUUAUAUUGAAACUGUUAAAUAAUUUAGAAUAUUGAAAUUACAAUUAAAAUGGGAUUUUAAAAGUUCAUAUCAAGCUCCUCUUUAGAAUUAGGAAAAUGCUGCAUCUCAAUUCAUUAUUGCUAAUGUCAGAGCUGGGAACACUUGCCGGGGAAAAUGCUUCUGGAGAGCAGAAUGGAUAACUACUUUUGUAGUCAGGUUGUUUUCCUUUUCCUGUUAAGGGUAUCUUUAUGUGCUCUUGAGUUUAUAUAAAUUGUGUAAUUAGACAUCUGAGGGGGAGCAUUUGAAACAUGCAUUAAUUAUAUGGAAAUUCUACAAGCAGCUGUUCAGCUUCCUUCUAAAGAAAAUUUUUUCAUAGUCAGUUUGGGCUUCAAGUUGUGCUUCUGAGUAAUCUCACUGAAGUCAGAGGAUUCACUCAUGCAACUGAGAUGUGUAAGUAUCUAAUGUAACAGUUUGAAAAUUGUAUCAUCCCUUAGUCUGUCAGUGCUUUUUUCCAACACUGCAGUUAACUGCUCUGCCUAGCUAUUGCUCUGAAUUCAAGUUCAUAUAUGAGCCAAGACUGUCUUGCAAAUUAAUUAAACUUGUUCUUAAAAAAUUUUCCAAAACUCUCAAGAGUAAAGACUGUUCUCCUUUCCCCAAAUCUUGGUGCUUGCCUUCCUCCUAGCUCCUUGGAACUGGGGAAAAAAGGGAGGACUGCCUACACUGAUUGGUGAAGAAUCAUGUAAUGAUUUUCAUGUCUCAGGCUUUCAGAAACUUGUGUACCAAUUGAUAUAGGUAACUAGAUAAACUUUUUUAUCAUUUGAGAUGUCUCAAACAACUUUUUAUAGCACAAGAAAUGAAAGAAAUCAGUUAUGCUCAGCAGUAGUACAGUUCCAGUAUUCAGUCAUUAAUUCACAAUCAAAUUUUUUUGCCUAAAGUAACUUUUCAUCUGUAUAUAACUAGGCACAAAGUGAGUCAUUUUCAUUUUCUGCCAUUUUCACUGAAAUGUGUGCUUUGCUGACUUGGAAUUUAAGAACACUCUCAACCUGGACUUCUGAAUUUACUUUUACAAAAUUACUAGCUCUGGAGCGUUAGACCUCACAUCUAGGUCUUCCCUUUAAGGCAUUUUAGAUCUGGCAAAAAGAGCUUUGUCUCAUCCCCAUUGCUUCCUUGAUGACACUAGGAAACCUUUGACUAGGGCUAGAGACAGUUGUGCAGAUGCUUGGUGCAAGACCAGGCCAUCAAGGUACCUUUCCUCUCCUAGGGGUUACCUCUACCCUUGCCAUUCCAGAGCAGUGGGGCCUAGGAAGUGUGUUGAGCCAAAUAAUAAUCCUUCAUUUUGCUUCACCAGCUCUGUGUGGGUUUCAAACCAUAACCAUAUUGGGGGUUUGCUUAGUGCAUGUCCUGAAUUUUAAAUUUCAUCAGUGUCUUCUGCAGUAAAAUCACAGGUGAAUUCCACUGACCUUUGUUCAUUGAUCUGUGGCUGUUGCAUGUUGCUGUUCUGAACUAUUAAUGUAAACAUUUGUACUCAAGAACAUAACUUUGUGGCUAAAAGGGGUCAUACCAGUACAGUUCCAGAGUAAAAUUUUUAGUACCGCUGACACCACUGCUAUUAAAAUAAGAGCUUCUCUGUCCCCCUUUAACAGGAUAAAAAUUGAGCAGUUGAGAUGCUGAGCUACAAACUGUGGUCUGUGUAGGGCCAGCUGGACAUACCUCCAUUAGCUGAUUUCUGGAUUGGAGAUAGAAUGGGGUUUUAACAAAGAGCUGAAAAAAAUUACCAUCCCACUCCCUAAAAAGACAGAAAAAGGUAUUUCUCAAAAGUAACCUUACACAUGAAACAGGAAUUCUUACGCAGCCUCAAAUUUUUCCAGAGUCUCGCAGAAUGUGAGUUCUGUGUUAUUCUUUUUCUUCUGGAGAAGCACGGGCUUGUUACCAUAACUUCAAGGCUUUCCAUGACAUGAACUUCAGUUAAAACCAUCAGCUCACCAUUUGACCUGCUCUCUGACAAAGAAAUCUCUAGGCUAUACUGUUCAUUGGAUGUCAGUAUUAUUUUUUUGACAGUGAAAAAGUUACACCUUCAAAUUCUACCAGAGACCUAAUUUUCACAUAUUGAAAUUAAUUCUUCAAAUUGCUUAAUUCUGAGUAUUCAUUUUUUCCAGAUAACCGUGACAGGAUUGUGGAGAAUGUAUUAAAGUUAUGCCUUUUUUCCCUAUAAAAGAAAGAUAAUAAGUUGAAUUAAUUUCAUUAAUGUAUCAGUCGUGGUUCAAGUAGUGAUGGCAGUUUGCAAAUUCAACAGAAUCUGGGACUCCCUCCUUUCUUUCUUGAAAGGGCUUACACUUUCCAGAACUGGCCAACACGGUUCACCCACAGGCACGCCGGGUCAGAGCUUUUGCAGGUGAGAUACUGGGAUGGCAAUAAUAGUCUCCAGGGUGCCAGAUGGACAUGUGAAUAGGGACAUCACUGCAAUUCAGUGUGACCUGUAUUAGCCCAUUUCUACAUUGCAGCUACAAUAGGAUUUUAACAAGGACAAAACAAGUAAGUCCCCUUCCCUCCCACACACAGAGACACACUUCAAGGGACUUUUAAUUUUCCAAGUCUAUGGUAAGCCACUAUGUUACUGAGGUAAAGAAUAAUAGAAUUUAAAUUGUUUUUUCAUUUAUUCACUAGUGACAGCAUCUUAGGAGGCAAAGAAUUUGACAUCACAUCAAGCUGAAAUUUUUAACACAAUUACUUUAAAAUGGGCUGCACUUGAAAAUCCACAUGUACUACCCUGCUUCUGUGGGCAGCAGUAAUCAUGCUGCUUGAUGCUGUAUUAAACUACACUUAAAGCUUCUGGUAUCCAUAUGUAUUUAGCCACAGUCUAAUUGCUGUGUAGCCGAGAUAGUUAAAAGCUGUUACUGUAGAGCCAGUAGGUUUAAAUCUUUGUUGUAUGCAUGAGGAAAUUCCUAAGAGUUCAAACUGCAGAACGUGAUGUUGAUGCAACUGUUAGUAUAAAGACCUGUAAACAGAAGAACAAAACCUCUUUGAUGCAGAUUAUUACCUUUUCAAGCAUCACACAAGCUAGUGCUAAAACAAGGGAAGAGGACUCAAGCUAAUUGACAACUUCCUGUGGAUGACUACACAGCAUAAACCACAAAUAACGGUGCCAUUGCACUUUCCUAAAGCUUUCUCUUGUCUGCCUCCUGGUUCCUAUGGCAAUAAAAUUACACUAAGGAAAAUUACAUGGUUGUUCAUUUUCAGAUGUUAGCUGUAUGUGCACUAUGGGCAACAGGUUGAGAAACUGCGAUAACUGCUUCCAAAUGAAUGAACUGACAAAUUGUGUCCCUCUUGGAACUGAAGACAGCUUACACUACCAGCAGUGUUCCUGUACUUUGAGUAGCUUCUAAAAUAAAAUUCCAAGGAUUUAGAAAGCUUGUGCAGAGAACCUUUAAAUCCCUGUUAUCAAGCUAUCUGUUGCAUCUGGUUGCAUUUUUCUGACACUGUUUAAUUUCCUCUCAGAAUAAUUGCUGCAUAUUUUAUACAUAGACUCUCCUGUAGCCCAUCAUCAUCACUGCUGUGAGUGAGGUGAGGAAGAAAUAGCUAGUGUCUGCACUUUGUGGCAGAAGAGAACCCAGUGUUUCCUGUUCUCCCUAUGUCAUUCCCUAAAGCUAAUAAAAUAUUCAGAGCAAGUUUCAAAUGUGUUGCCUUCCUGACAGGAGGGAUGCCAGCAGAAAGGCAGCCAUGCUUUCCAACACAUGCUAAUAAUAAGUGGUAGCUGUUUAAUUCAGUGAGCAUCUGAAAAAA